AUGCAGAUUCAUUCAUAUUUUUAUUUUCCAUUGCCACCCUCUCAUUUGGGUAUAAAUAGAGAUUGCUGUUGUUGGUGCUCUUCAUUGCAGAAGCUCAUCUUAAGCAUUGCGGCAGUGACCUGGUCAUUUAGCUGUUUGAGUAGAAAAUAUGAGCUACAGCAGCUCCUCGAUGAGUUCUGGUCAGUUGUGAUUCCACAUUCCCAUUCCAUCUUCUUACACACUGCAUUCAUUGAUUUACUAGUGAACCUUUCUAGCAACUACAUCAUCUUGAGUUUCUGCCUUUUUUCAAAUGAAUUUUAUUUCCGUCACGUUUCAGGUAGUGGGAGUUCUAGAAGGACAUUGGAGUUUGGGAGGACCCAUGUGGUCAGACCUAAAGGGAAACACCAGGCAACUAUAGUUUGGCUACAUGGCCUUGGUGACAAUGGCUCGAGCUGGUCCCAACUCUUGGAAUCUCUUCCUCUUCCAAAUAUUAAAUGGAUUUGCCCAACUGCUCCUACACGGCCUGUAGCUAUAUUUGGUGGAUUUCCUUGCACUGCUUGGUUUGAUGUUGCGGAGAUUUCAGGAGAUGCUCCUAGUGAUUUGGAGGGUUUAGAUGCUUCUGCAGCACAUGUUGCCAAUCUUUUGUCAACAGAGCCUCCAAACAUCAAACUUGGUAUUGGGGGCUUCAGUAUGGGUGCUGCAACUGCACUUUACUCAGCUACAUGCCAUGUUUUGGGGCACUAUGGGAACGGAAACAUUUACCCUAUCAACUUAAGUGCUAUUGUUUCUUUAAGUGGCUGGCUUCCUUGUUCAAGGACCUUGAAAAACCAAAUUGAACGAUCAUGUGAUGCCACAGGGCGUGCAGCAUCGUUGCCCUUAUUUCUCUGCCAUGGAAAAGGUGAUGAUGUGGUUGCAUAUGAACACGGAGAGAGGUCUGCAAUGGCCUUAAGUUCAGCAGGAUUCCCAAAUCUUAUAUUUAGGAGCUACAACGGGUUGGGUCACUAUACAGUCCCUGAAGAGACUGAUGAAGUUUGCAGGUGGCUAACUGCAAAUUUGGGACUGGAGGGGUUUCGGUUGAACUAG